UUUUCUCUCCCCCCAUCUCUCUCUCUCUCUCCUUUACACACUCCCUCUCUCUCUCUUUUUAGCAGCAACAUACAAGCCGGCCAUAUUAGAGAGAUGGAAAUAAAGCUUCCUUAAUGUUGUAUAUGUCUUUGAAGUACAUCCGUGCAUUUUUUUUUAGCAUCCAACCAUUCCUCCCUUGUAGUCCUCGCCCCCUCAAAUCACCCUCUCCCGUAGCCCACCCGACUAACAUCUCAGUCUCUGAAAAUGCACAGAGAUGCCUGGCUACCUCGCCCUGCCUUCAGCCUCACGGGGCUCAGUCUCUUUUUCUCUUUGGUGCCACCAGGACGGAGCAUGGAGGUCACAGUACCUGCCACCCUCAAUGUCCUCAACGGCUCUGACGCCCGCCUGCCCUGCACCUUCAACUCCUGCUACACAGUGAACCACAAACAGUUCUCCCUGAACUGGACUUACCAGGAGUGCAACAACUGCUCCGAGGAGAUGUUCCUCCAGUUCCGCAUGAAGAUCAUUAACCUGAAGCUGGAGCGGUUUCAAGACCGCGUGGAGUUCUCGGGGAACCCCAGCAAGUACGAUGUGUCCGUGAUGCUGAGAAACGUGCAGCCGGAGGAUGAGGGGAUUUACAACUGCUACAUCAUGAACCCCCCUGACCGCCACCGUGGCCACGGCAAGAUCCAUCUGCAGGUCCUCAUGGAAGAGCCCCCUGAGCGGGACUCCACGGUGGCCGUGAUUGUGGGUGCCUCCGUCGGGGGCUUCCUGGCUGUGGUCAUCUUGGUGCUGAUGGUGGUCAAGUGUGUGAGGAGAAAAAAAGAGCAGAAGCUGAGCACAGAUGACCUGAAGACCGAGGAGGAGGGCAAGACGGACGGCGAAGGCAAUCCGGAUGAUGGCGCCAAGUAGUGGGUGGCCGGCCCUGCAGCCUCCCGUGUCCCGUCUCCUCCCCUCUCUGCCCUGUACAGUGACCCUGCCUGCUCGCUCUUGGUGUGCUUCCCGUGACCUAGGACCCCAGGGCCCACCUGGGGCCUCCUGAACCCCCCACUUCGUAUCUCCCACCCUGCACCAAGAGUGACCCACUCUCUUCCAUCCGAGAAACCUGCCAUGCUCUGGGACGCGUGGGCCCUGGGGAGAGGAGAGAAAGGGCUCCCACCUGCCAGUCCCUGGGGGGAGGCAGGAGGCACAUGUGAGGGUCCCCAGAGAGAAGGGAGUGGGUGGGCAGGGGUAGAGGAGGGGGCCGCUGUCCACCUGCCCAGUGCUUGGCCUGGCAGUGGCUUCAGAGAGGACCUGGUGGGGAGGGAGGGCUUUCCUGUGCUGACAGAGCUCCCUCAGGAGGGCCUUGGCCUGGCAUGGCUGUGCUCCUGCCCUGCUCCCAGCCCAGAGCAGCCAUCAGGCUGGAGGUGACGAUGAGUUCCUGAAACUUGGAGGGGCAUGUUAAAGGGAUGACUGUGCAUUCCAGGGCACUGACGGAAAGCCAGGGCUGCAGGCAAAGCUGGACGUGUGCCCUGGCCCAGGAGGCCAUGUUGGGCCCUCGUUUCCAUUGCUAGUGGCCUCCUCGGGGCUCCCGUUGGCUCCUAAUCCCUUGGGACUGUGGAUGAGGCCAGACUGGAAGAGCAGCUCCAGGUAGGGGGCCAUGUUUCCCAGCGGGGACCCACCAACAGAGGCCAGUUUCAAAGUCAGCUGAGGGACUGAGGGCUGGGCUCCAUGGUGAAUGCAGGUUGCUGCAGGCUCUGCCUUCUCCAUGGGGUAACCACCCUCGCCUGGGCAGGGGCAGCCAAGGCUGGGAAAUGAGGAGGCCAUGCGCAGGAUGGGGCAGCUUUCUUUGGGGCUUCAGUGGGAACUCUCCCUGUUGCCCUCGGUGGGGUUUCCACCUGGCUUUUGGCUACAUAGAGGGAAGGGAAAGCCUGAGGCCAGCAUGAGGGGAGGCCUUGGAACCUGAGCCGCCAAUGCCAGCCUUUUCCCAUCUGCGGCCACGCUACUCACUCCUCUCCCAACAACUCCCUUCGUGGGGACAAAAGUGACAAUUGUAGGCCAGGCACGGUGGCUCACGCCUGUAAUCCCAGCACUUUGGGAGGCCGAGGCGGGUCGAUUACCCCCAUCCGUUUAGUAGAAAUGGGAAAAACCCCACCUCCACUAAAAAUACAAAAAUUAGCUGGGCGUGGUGGCAUGUGCCUGUAAUCCCAGCUAAUGGGGAGGCUGAGGCAGGAGAAUCACUUGAGCCCGGGAAGCAGAGGUUGCAGUGAACUGAGAUAGUGCCACUGCAAUUCAGCCUGGGCGACAUAGAGAGACUCCAUCUCAAAAAAAAAAAAAAAAAAAAAGGCAAUUGUGGGGAGCCAAGCAUCACUGCCAUUACACUCACAUUCAAUGGAAAUUGGUUAGGCCUGAGAGAAAGAGCAAGAGGCAGAAACACUGACUCUGAGAACAUGACAUUGGAAGAUCCUCAGAGAUCAGCUAGCCAAGUCACUCACUUAAAAUGGGGAAACUGAGGUUCCAACUGACAGAAACUGAGGGUCCUGCCCUCUUCUCUGGCUCCUCAGUCUCCAGGUUGAAUCAACAGAGCCAUCAUUUUCCCAGUGGGAGGGGCCUCUGUGGCCUGGUCCAUGAUGGGGCGAGUUGGAGGGGUGGGCUCCUCUAGCCCUGACCCUCUCCUAGGAGCCCGGCCCCUCUGGCCUGGACUGAGGAGGAGUGGAGGGAAGCAGGGAGGGAGGGAGCGAGUGUGAAGGGCACAGCUGCUGGCAAAUGCCCCAUUCCCUGCCCCUGCACUUCCCAGCCUUUCCAGGAGCUCAGCCCCACCCCUGCUCAGGGAGUCAGGUGCCCAGUGUAGGGAAUAAGUCUAGAAAAGGGGGUGGAGACAGGACCGUGACAGUCUCAGGGACCAAUCCCUGCCUCUGCCCAUCAGAUUGCCAAUUUGGGGAGAGAGCAAUAUCAUCUGGGACAUUCAGCUUAAUUUGCUUCAAUUCAGCAACCACUUAUUGAGCAUCUAUUAUGUGCCAGGCACUGUGCCGGGCACCGGGGAUAUACACAAAGCCAUAAGCACUGGGGACUGCCAGGUUGGCACUGUAGGGACCAAAAUUAACUUUUUGGUGCAUCUAAUUCCACCUCUGCAAGACACUGCUUCCAAGGCUACAGUAGGGGAAGAUGAAGGGAUUCUAGAAUCUGGGCCCUGGGAAGGGAGAAACAGCAGGGAAGAGGGGCAAUACAACAGGGUCAAGGGUGCAGAGGCCAGGCAGAGUGGGUGCAGAGUGGGGGAUGGGCAACCAGCCUGGUAACACCUGGGUGAGGUGAGUGAGUCAAGCCCAUCUGGAAAUGCUAAACUCAUCAGCUCAGUACCUAACUGCCAAUCAACACACUGCCAAUGGGGGUGAGCUAAGCCGCCAGGAUGCCUGCAGCAGAUGGACGCUGCCCAUCCUCGAGCCAGCCAGCUGGGGGCAGAGAGGUGGGUGGCAGGCACCUCAUGCCAGCUGAGACCAAGAGUGGUUGUAUUUAUUUCUGCAGCUUGCAGAUUUCAUUUUUUUGGUCACCCUUUAAGUGUCCUUCUCUCCCAGGCUGAGUGAGGAGCUGUGCUGAUGUUGCGAACUUAUCUUUUUCCAGGAUCCAUAACAUUUAGGGGAAUUAUUUGCGGGCUUUCCUAGUGUAUUCUGAGAAGUUCUAACUCUCCAUCAAGAAGCCCAAGAUUCCUGGAGUCUUUUUUUCCUCUGCCCUGACCAACUGGGGCCUAGGAAAAGCAAUGUCUCUUCAUGGGCCUCCGGGCCCCGGCAGAUGGGGCUGGGUCAGGAGCCGUCUCUGUCCCAGGUGCUCAGCCCUCAUAUGCAUUUUGUUCUGGAGCCUCUUAGAAUCUCCUCCGGAGGACUCGUAGAGCUGCCUCCCCCAGGAUGGUGAAGUUGGGAGCAAAAUGGGGCUUCUGUAAGUAGAGGUGGAAAACCAGAGAGAUGUUUCCACAGCGGCCAUUUCUCUACCCUGUUUCCUAACUUAAGCUGACAAGUUCUUCCUCUUCCUACUCUGGGGUUCAAGCCCCACUUCUGGCUGCAUGUUCCCACCACCACGCUCUGCUGGUUUCAGUCGGCUGACUUUCUCAACUGCUCCAGCCUCUCCUGCUCUCUCAGAACCUCCCCCUGCCCCCACCCCCCAUCUGUCUCUUCCUCCUAAUUAAGGGCCACUGCAAAGAGAGACGGGCUGGCUAACCCAUGGGAUUUAGCUUAUAAGAACAAAGCACAAUUUUUCAGGACUGAAAUGCCUUGAGGUGCCUUGGAACUGGCUUUGGAAAUAGCUAUCUGCCCCCUAGCUAUGGACUCUUCACAGUUAUUUUCAGUUUAUAAAAAGGAAAAGCUGAUCGGAUCCAUGUUUCUCUCUGCGAGUCUCCUUGGGGAGGUUGGGCUGGUAAAUAUUUGCAAGGUCAGGUUAAGCAGACAGACAAUUGAAAAUACUGGGCAGGUGCAAAAGGAUAGUUCCAGGCCAUAGGAAUGGCUUGGUGCAGUUAACGGGUGAUGAAGCAAGAAAUCUUCCUUCCUACUUAUGUCUUAAGGAUGGACAGCCUGUGUCUCUUGCUGUGCCUCUUGCUGGCGUCUUCCUUUAUUGAAGCUUGCUGAUGCACUGUACAUAGUCUCUCUCUAUAGGUAUAGAUAUAUUAUAUAUACAAAUAUCAAACAUCUCACCACACCCACCCCAAAAGUUACACUGUGUGUGUGUGGGGAGGUGUAAUAACUUCUCAGUGUUUUGAGUUGAUUCACCAAAGGCAAAUUUUGGAAUGUUCUUGCGCUUUGUGCACUUGGAGGGGAAAACCCAACUACAUAUGCACUUUCUCGGUUGUGUGUGCUGUAGAGAGGUUGGAAGGGGUGGUUGGAAGGGGAGAGAAACUGAGAUGGCCCUCUAUGACUCGACUGCUGGGAUGUAUCUGCUUUUGGGAGCAGACUGUUUCUUUUGCAAUUUGUCUUAUUGUUUGGGUCUACUGGUGACAAUAAACUAUCUUCCCUGAAAAUC